AUGGCUAUCACUGACGCCGAAGGGAAGCUGAAGAAUGCGGUUGAGAUGGUGGAGGACAAUACGAAACCGAACAUCAACAAAAGGGAAGAACAGGGUUUGAAGGAAGUGGUGAAGUUCGGCUUCGGCAUCAAGCACAACCUAGGGGGUGUACACUACGAAAGGCAUCUGUCAACAAACUAUACCAACGAGGGGUGCGGCACCACCGAGUUCCGGCGGCAGGGCUAUGCGCACGACUACAACACCGCCGUGAGCUGGUCUCCCGAAUUCCCCGGGUGGCUGCAAGCCCAGCUCAAGGCGAACAAGGGCAAGGCGCCCUCCGAGCUGUCUCCAGCAGAUCUCGCGAGGGUCAACAAGAUCAAGGCCGACAACCUGUUAGGCAAACCGGGCUUCCAGAUUCCUUCCAGCCCAGACACACCAGUCAGAGAGACCGUGGCAAAUAUUCUUGUUUCGUCUUCCUUGCCCGGCAGCGAGAACUAG